UGUGUCACUGCAGCAGCAUUCAGAGGAGCUUCAGUGUUCACAGUGUGCAGAGAACGAGUCGCUGGAUUUUUAUGGGCUCCAUCACAUCAGGCUGAAAGUGUUUCCUAUUGGAGGAUAAUCGAUCAAGAAGCAAAGCUGAGUGAAAAAGAGGGUAUUCUUAGACCCAGGUCUACUUAAUAAACAUGAAAAACCAGACAUCGGGCCAGUGUGUGCUGCUGCUGCUUGUCACCAGGCUCUCCCAGCUUUGGGCCUUCCCCUUCAGCCCGUCCUUGGACCUGGACGUUACCCCCAGAACCACAGUCUUUUCCAAAGGGCUGUUGGGCAGCGCCCGUUUCACCGGCUCAUCUCAGAAUUACAGCACCCUGCUGCUGGAACAGGAGACAGGGCAGCUGUACGUGGGCGGCAGAGGAGCGCUGUACGCGCUCAACGCUUCCAACAUCUCCACACCUGCAAACUACACAAUUGAUUGGGAUUCUUCUCCCGAACAGAAGAAGCAGUGUCUAAACAAAGGCAGAGACAAUCAGACAGAGUGUUACAAUCACAUUCGCUUCCUGCAGCGGUACAACGAGACUCACCUCUACGUGUGUGGAACAAACGCCUUCAGACCGCUCUGUGCUUACAUAGAUGCCGAGCGCUUCAACUUCUCCUCAGGUUUUGAGGAGGGCAGAGACAGGUGUCCAUAUGACCCAUCCAAAAAAUACACCGGCCUCCUUGUAGAUGGUGAGAUGUUCACGGCCUCUCAGUACGAGUUCCGCAGCUCUCCAGAUGUGCGGAGAAACUUCCCCUUCCCUACACUUAGGACAGAGGAGGCACCUACUAGGUGGCUUCUGGAGGCAGACUUUGUGGGCUCCGUUUUGCUGAAGGAGAGCUUCAACAGUUCUAUCGGCGAUGAUGACAAGAUUUACUUUUUCUUCACUGAAAAAAGCCAAGAGCAGAUUACCUACCCAAGCCAGACCAAGGUGGCCAGGGUCGCCCGUGUUUGCAAGGGAGACUGGGGCGGCCAGAGGACCCUGCAGAGGAAAUGGACUACCUUCCUCAAAGCCAGGAUGGUGUGCUCGGUCCCAGAGUACGAGCUCCACCUCAACAUCCUGCGCAGCGUCUUUGUCCUACAUGGACAAGAUGCUCACAGCAGCAUUUUCUAUGGUGUCUUUGGCCUGGAAUGGAAGAACAUCAAAGCCUCUGGUAUCUGCCAGUACGCGUUCUCAGAUGUGCAGAAGGUAUUUGACGGACCUUAUAUGGAGGUACAGGACUCAAAGUGGAGAGAAUUCACGGGGAAAGUUCCAGAACCAAGACCAGGAUCUUGUAUAACAGAUCUGCACAGGUCCCAGAGUAUUAACUCAUCUCGCGAUCUUCCAGACAACAUCCUCACAUUUGCAAGAAGGCACCCGCUGAUGGCCACUCAGGUGUACCCAAUAGGGUUGCGCCCGCUCAUGUUCAAGAGGAGCAUCAACUAUGUCAAAAUAGCAGUGCAUAAAGCGCCAGCACUGGAUGGAAACAUUUACACGAUUCUGUUUUUGGGAACGGAUGAUGGCUGGCUGCACAGAGCAGUUGAUAUUAAUGGGGAAAUGCAUAUAAUAGAAGAGCUGCAGGUCUUUGACAAGCCGCAGCCCAUCGAAAGCAUGGCCAUAUCCUCAGCUCUGCAAAGUAUUUAUGUGGGCUCUGAUUCCGGAGUGGUCCAGGUACCGAUGUCGGCCUGCCAGAGGUACUUGUCAUGUUACGACUGCGUACUUGCCAGGGACCCGUUCUGUGCCUGGGAUGGGAGGGCAUGUGUGGAAAUAUCAUCGCUUCGACAAAAGUCAAACCUAGUCCAGGAUAUCCUGAGAGGGACACGGGGCUGUAAGGACCAUUCUGGAAAUGUGGUAUACCGGAGGAGAUCUGUCAUGUCAGGCGACGACGUGCUGCUCCAGUGUGAACUGCGAUCCAACCUGGCAACACCACGCUGGACGCUAAAUGGCCAAGAAAUCCAGGGAUACGACCUCAAUUCGGGCUAUCGCAUCGGCACAGACGGCCUACUCAUAAUUGGAGCUCGUGUGCGACAGAGCGGGUCUUACCGUUGCUUUGCUGUUGAGAACUCUGUGUCAGUCCUGGUUUAUCUGUACACAGUCAAGGUGCACACUGAUCCGUAUUUUCCAGUGGAGCCCACAGCUACCACUAACCCCACCACGGUUUCCAGUUCAUCUUUUUUCUCCACCAGCAGCCCCACUGAGCAGCCUCUACCAUCGCCUCCUGCCCCGCUACCUCCCAAGCCAGAAUUUCAAACCUACAGACACAUGGAGGCCGUGUACAUCUCCUUGGUGGCGAUUCUCGGAGGGCUUUGCCUGGUUUUGAGUGUGGUGCUGCUUUAUGUGAGCUUCUGCACCAGGCGGGCUUCUAGGGGCCCAAAGUUCUCCCAACAAGGCCUGCGGGUUCUGGGAGAACCUGAUAGUAAGAGGAGCUCUCUUUUUGAACUUAAGACCAUCUCCAGCCACUGCAACGGCCGUCAGGCUCGGCGGUCGACCUUCACUCACAGCUUUGACGACAUGGGUGAUGGCUUCUUCCAGAUAGUCCCAGGGGAGAUCCACAUGUCCCCCUGUAAGACACCUCCCCCAGCACCUCCCCUCCCAAUGCCACCACCAUUGCCUGAUGUAGACUAUGCCAACGGGCUCUCCGCCACUCUGCCCAGUGUGCUGCGGAAGAUGAACGGUAACAGCUACAUGCUGUUGAGACAGGGUGAUCCUGAGGGAAUGUCACCGCUCUACCACUCCUUCACAGAGGAGCUGAACAGGAUCCUGGAGAAGAGGAAGCACACGCAGCUGGACCUUGAGCCUGAUGAAAGUUCCAUCUAGGAGCCCAACUUAGUCUUUAACUUAUUUAUUUGUGUAACCCACAGUGGUGGGGGGGGGGACCCCACUGUAUCAAAGCUGCUGUUAGGUACCCAAUGCCAGAGCACCUGCAGGUUGUGUCCUGAAAUGUGCAGCCUCCCGCGACUCCUAUGACAAAUGGUUCAAGAAUUUCACUGACACAGCGGACACACUAGCCACAGUAAUCCAUUUGAAAAGUGGGGUUGUAAAUUUCUGUUGUCAUCUGUCAUGCCAUGACAUUUUGACUCCUACGAAUUUCAAAAUUGAAAAUGAGUAAGGAGCUUAAUGAUGCUACCUCAGCGCAGAGCCCCGG